GUUUACCACAGUGGCGGGGAGUUUCGGCGGCUCGGCAGCGCUGUGCCUAAUAGAGUUGAGGCUCUCCGUAUUAUUAAUCCGUCUCUCUGUCAUCUUCUUCAGGUGUUUAUAACUCGUUUGUUUUGUUGCGAGAGACAUAUUCUUUUAUACCAGCCCCUCGUUCUCUGACUACGAUAGUUGCAUUUCAAAAGCAUGGCCCAAGAUGCAGAGACUGAGGCUAUGAAAAUAUCUGGGGACGAAAACAACGAGGCCAUUCCUGGGCUCGUGGGAGACGCAAACGGCAUGGAGCUGUUACGGGAGGUCGUCGAGGAUGGGGAGCACAAACCUCUGUCAGAGGAUGACGUUGUUGAGGAAAUAGUGAUGGAAAAGACAGGACUGUCAGACAUUCCUAACGGGGGUUUGACUGCGUGGUUGCAGGUCUCCGGCUCGUUCUUUCUGUUCAUGAACAGUUGGGGUAUCUCAAACACUUUUGGAGCAUUCGAGGCUUACUAUAUCGAUAUAAACCUCUCGAACAAGACUGCAAGUGAUAUCGCCUGGAUUGGAUCCAUGCAGAAUUUUUUGCUGUUGAUCAUUGGAGUCUUCACCGGUCCUAUGUUUGACCAAGGUUACUUUAGGUCCUUCAUUCUUCUCUCUACUUUUAUGAUCACCUUCGGAAUGAUGAUGCUCAGCUUGUGUAAGGAAUACUGGCAAGUCAUGCUGGCGCAAGCCCUUGUGGUUGGGUUAGGAAGUGGCUUCAUGUUUAUCCCUUGUGUCGCCGUCAUCCCUCAGUACUUCACAUCAAAGAGAAUCUUGGCUACCGGCAUCGCUGCCUCAGGUUCUUCGUUAGGCGGUGUUAUCUAUCCUAUCAUCUUCCAUAAGCUGGAGCCGCGCGUCGGGUUUGGCUGGGCCACUCGCGUUAUCGGGUUCAUCAUGCUUGCUACUCAAUGCUGGUCUCUGGCCGUGAUGCGCUUGCGCGUUCCUCCUUCAACUGGGCCACGAAAGCUGUUUGAUGCGAGCGCGCUAAGAGAGCCUCCGUUUAUUGCACUCUCGCUGGCAAUUUUCUUGGGAUUUAUGGGAGUUUACAUUCCGUUCUACUAUAUUCAGGAGUAUGCGGUCUCAAACGGGAUUUUCAAGAGCGAAACCGCCUUUUAUCUUUUAACGAUUCUUAAUGCUGCAUCGGUAUUUGGGCGAAUUGUUCCCAACUUCCUUGCGGACAAAACUGGACCCAUGAACAUUUUGAUUCCGUUUACUGUCAUCGCCUCGAUCAUCGCAUUCACCUGGACGUCAGCCACGUCGAAAGCUGGAAUCGUUCUCAUUGCAGUCUUCUACGGAUUCUUUUCCGGAACAUUUGUGUCAUUACCGCCAUCGUGCAUCAUCGCGGUUACUCCAGAUCUUGGCGUUCUUGGCACACGUAUGGGAAUGGUGUUUUCAUUAUGCUCGAUAGGUCUGCUGGUCGGUACUCCUAUCGCUGGUGCUAUUUUGGAUAACUCUGGAUACACUGCCACUAGUAUAUUCUGUGGUUGUAUUGUUAUGGCCUCCGCGGGUUUGGUGACCGCGUCGCGUUUGUUCAAAACUGGACUGAAAUUCAAGGCUCGCACAUAGAGAGUCUACCGCUCAACAAUGCAAUAAGGCUUUAUUGCUUGUCUGAUCAUAUAGAGAUUUCGACUUUUGAAUCUAGAGGGACGAAAUUGGAGGCAUGGAAGGGAUAGAUUAAUGGAAUGUAAUAGAAUAGAAUAUGGCAGGAAAUAGAUUCACAGAUACCGAAAAGUUUAGGAGAAUGACGAAACAUUUAAAGAUAGUGGUAAUGACAAGACAAUUGAAGAUAAUGGUAAUUGGCUUGAGAAUAGUUUCGUUUUCUGCUUU